AUGUGCUUUGUUUGGCUGAAGAUGAGGAACAAGCCCACGAGUGCGUAUUGGUACGCUGCGACCAGUGCCGAGCGCUUUCCGUUCUGUCCUGCGCGGAAGAGUGGCUGGAAAACCGACGUACAGGAUUUGCCAUAUCAUGCUGCGUGUGAUGAUCUCAAUUCUGUAAUGCCGGGAUGCUGA